CGAGCUCAGCCGACGGUCCCCGGCCGUAGCCGAGCCCAGCCGAACGUAGCCGAACCCCGCGCCGUUCCCGCCGCCGCCUCCCGAGUGAGCUAGCGGCCGCGGCAGUGGAGGAGGCGCCGCCCCAGGGGAGGAGGUGCCGGCUCGCCGCAGACCGCCCGCGGCAGAGGCCGCCCCGGUCGCGCCGCGGCGGGAGCGGCUGAGGGGGAGGCCCGGGGGAGCGGACGUCUCCCCUGCCCGCCUCCCGCCUCCCGCCGCUCGCCGCCCCCCUCCCGAGCUUCAGUCGCGCUGAGCAUUCUCUGCCCCGGACCCUCCCGCAGGCGCGCACCGUGCUGAACUCAGGCUCACGACUGCAGGCGGGCAUCUGCACCACCUGGGAAUCACUCAGUGUGCAGACAGGACAGCCUCCUUGGAAAGCUGACCAUACCGGAGUUCUGACUCGGCAUGGGCCUUGCCAUUGAGGCAGCUCAGCUCUCUGUGCUGGUCUGAGGGUGCUGCCUGUCAUGGGGGCAGCCAUCUCCCAAGGGGCCCUCAUCGCCAUCGUCUGCAACGGCCUCGUAGGCUUCUUGCUGCUGCUGCUUUGGGUCAUUCUGUGCUGGGCCUGCCACUCUCGCUCUGCCGACGUCGAUUCUCUAUCUGAAUCCAGUCCCAACUCCAGCCCUGGUCCUUGUCCUGAGAAGGCACCACCACCCCAGAAGCCUAGCCAUGAAGGCAGCUACCUGCUGCAGCCCUGAAGGCCCCUGGUCUACUGUGGAGCCUGGGACCUGAGUCUACCCCACUCAGAGCCUGGAAUCAGGAUAUCAGAGUUGAAUCAGCCUCGGGUCCA